GACGCUUGCAUCCAACAAACCCCAUUCACACACAUGACGUUGGUUCCGCCCCUUGAGAGCACAUCGUCACUAUGGCAACGGCAGUGUUUGAGAGUGUACGGCCCUUUGCAUCAACAACGAGAGCUGCAGAUGUCUAAAUGAAAUGCGUCUGGUGUUAAAAUAGAUGGAGUAUGGCUGUUUUUCUCUGAACAACGAAUUACAACCCACUGUCUAAAACUAAACCUUCUGUCAUUUCUCUCAUGAGGAGCCAGAGCUGACCUUUUGCCAGGAUGGAGGUGGCCUUCUCUUCCCCGCAAGUAGUGCCCGAGUCCCCCAGGAGGGCCCCCCCCCUGCCACUGAACCAGCUGGCAGAGGAGAGCAGGAGCACAUCCAACAUUCCCAAUCAUCUAUUGGAAUCAAAAAUCUAUGCCAAACUGAAAAGCAGCAACCUGAUCCAAGCAGAGCCCCCAGUGCUUCACUUCAGUGGAUUUGAGCUGGGUAAAGAUUAUGUCAAGAUCCUGAAACUAAUCAACAUCUCAUCUGAAGUUAUAAAUAUUCAUGUCAUUCCCACUCAAACCAAGCACUUCCAAACAACUUACACCAAAAAGUAUCGACUCAUCCCAGGCCUCGCCUACACACUGAAGGUCAGACUCUGUCCCGAUGAGUGGCGGUACUUCUAUGACUGCAUUCGGGUUCACUGCAAGGGUGAAGAGAACCUGUUUAUUCCAGUUCAUGCUUACCCUGUCAUCGAUGAACUGCAAAUCCCUCCUCACAUCAACCUAUCAGCCGUACCACUUGGACAAAGUGUUUGCCAUGCUAUUCCUCUGAGAUGCAGCUGCCCCGUUGACUUUGAGUUUCAGGUGUACAUUAUUCAGCCCCAUAAGGCCUUCACCAUCCAUCCGCUUACAGGUGUGAUACCAGCCAAUGGUGAAGAGAAGAUCAUUGUGACAUUUAGUCCCUUCCAAUACGAGACCUGUCAGGUCACCCUCCAGCUGGUCAUCUCACAGUUCAACACCCGACCCUACCUCUGCACCAUCAUUGGGAGCUCCGCACCUCACCUAGCUCUCAGCGAGCUGGGAAGAAAAUCAGGGCAUGGAGAUGCAGCUCCUGCAGAAUACAAAAGACCUUUACCUGCCAACCAAAUGCCCGCUCGCAGCAAAACCAAAUAUAGGUCGACCAAAGAGGCUGACAAAUCGAAGACAAGGAGAGAUCCGGCUAGUGUUAAGCCUCCAGGAGAUGUAUGUACCCCUGCAGGGGUGGCAAAGAUGCUGAUCAAAGACAUGGAUAAACUCAGCUCUAAAGACCUGAGGGAAGCCAUAUCGUGUGGCUGCAUGGUUGGCCCGCGAAACAAGCAGAUGAAGGAGGCCCUCUUCAUAAAAAAGGUUCAACAAAACGUGAAGGAGGAGCAAGCCAACCACCUUAGGUGGCAAGUUCAUCUUGGUAAGGACCCCGUGUCAGAGCACAGCAGGAGGCAGAUAGCAGAGGACAGAGAGAUUGCACUACAUGAAUACAUGGUCCGGAGGGGAGAUGUAAGGCAUGAGGAAGACUUUGCUGCUGGACAACCUAAACUUUCCUCCAGACGAGUGCUUUGUGAAGCAGGGCAGGCCUGCGAGGUUGCCCCAUCCUUCCAAUUUUACUCCAGUUUUCAAUGGGAACUGAGACGCAGAGCCCUCAAACUGUUCCAGCAGGCAGCACGCAAGAUAGUGAUCCGAUGUCGCAUGAACCGGAGACUGACCUGUUUGAAGAAACUGUCAGGCAGCAUGAAGAACGUGCCUUUGGCAAAGAAAGUUGAGGAGGAGACGACUUGUGAUCUGAAGAUCUCACCAGACAGAGUCUUUCCAUUUGCUUUCCCCGUUCUCUCUAAUGAAGAUGACCCGCUGGCUCACAGUCAUUUGGACACAUUGCCUGUGGAUCCUAUUGAUGUGACUGUGACAACACGUAUUCCUUUCUUCAAGCUUCACGUUCCCCAUCACUAUAAGCUUAUGGGCUACCGGCCUGUGUCAGUCUGGGAGGCAUUUAACUCCUAUACGCCCACUACUUUGGCCAGACCGCUUCGCACUGGAGCUCUGGACGAGUUGGAGGAUGUGAAGGCUUCGUGUCUCUCCUUCAGCGCCCCUGAAGCUCUGCUCAGACCUUUUCCAGCAAACCCACUCAGAAUCUUUAAUCCAGCUCCAGGCCUGCAGACCUACAAGCCAAGCCCUAAAUACCUGGAGAGUGACCUGGAGUUCCACCUCUGCCCUCUGCCCAGGUACACAAUCCCUGAGAGCAACAUGUGUGGCAGAGGGACACAAACCCCACACACUCAGCAGAAGUCUUCGGACCGCAAGGAAGUGAUCACAGGGAUCAUGACAUGGAAGGAUUUUAAUUUGAUUACCUCAAAGUGCCUGUCUGACCAACCUGCUCUCACCAGUGACAGUGCCCCGCGCAGGGGAAACAGCAGUGUGUGUGUCCUCUAUAGGUCUGUCGACUACAGCACAGAUAUACUUCCUCCUCCUCCUCCUCUUACUGGCCCUCCAGAUGAUCUGGCACCACUAAUGGACAACCCGUGGGAAGGCUCAGGAGUCCAACUAUCACCAGAGAUUAUCAGAGCAGAGUUCUUGCAUGGGGAAGCUCUGGUCUCCAAUAGCAACCUCACCAGAGCAAUGACAGUCUGCAGGUGCCAGAGGGAUCUACAGAUGGAGGUGACCUACAGGUCGGAAUUCAACCAGAUGGGGAGGAGAGUGAUGACCAGGCUGAAGCAACUUGGAGUCACUGACAGUACCUCACCAGGAGAUGACUGUGAAUAGACAAAACGCCCCCACACACUUCCAGAAACACCUUCCAAAUAGGCUGUGUGCACACACACACAUACACACAUACUCCCACAUGAAU